UAAGAAGCGGAAUUUUAUUCUGGAUCAGACAAAUGUGUCUGCUGCUGCCCAGCGGAGGAAAAUGUGCCUGUUUGCAGGCUUCCAGCGGAAAGCUGUUGUCGUUUGCCCAAAAGAUGAAGACUAUAAGCAGAGGACACAGAAGAAAGCAGAAGUAGAGGGGAAAGACCUCCCAGAACAUGCUGUCCUUAAAAUGAAAGGAAACUUCACCCUGCCAGAGUUUGCUGAAUGCUUUGAUGAAAUAACCUAUGUUGAACUUCAGAAGGAGGAAGCCCAAAAGCUUUUGGAGCAAUAUAAAGAAGAAAGCAAAAAGGCGCUCCCACCAGAAAAGAAGCAAAACACUGGCUCAAAGAAGAGCAAUAAAAAUAAGAGUGGCAAGAACCAGUUCAACAGAGGUGGUGGCCAUAGAGGACGUGGAGGAUUCAAUAUGCGAGGUGGCAAUUUCAGAGGUGGAGCUCCUGGGAAUCGUGGCGGAUAUAAUAGGAGAGGCAAUAUGCCACAGAGAGGUGGCGGUGGUGGAAGUGGUGGAAUAGGCUAUCCAUACCCCCGUGGCCCUGUUUUUCCUGGCCGAGGUGGUUACUCAAACAGAGGGAAUUACAACAGAGGUGGAAUGCCCAACAGAGGGAACUAUAACCAGAACUUCAGAGGACGAGGAAACAAUCGUGGCUACAAAAACCAAUCUCAGGGCUACAACCAGUGGCAGCAGGGUCAAUUCUGGGGUCAGAAGCCAUGGAGUCAGCAUUAUCACCAAGGAUAUUAUUGAAUACCCAAAUAAAACGAACUGAUACAUAUUUCUCCAAAACCUU